AUGAACACUAUUUUAACAAAACAAAAAAAACUCAUGCCUUAUAUUGCAGGAUCGAUCGUUCUUGGUGGUGUGGCUAUGGCCAUCUACCGUCGUCGUCAAUUCUCUAAGAGUACCGCGGGGCAUACUUUUAAAGGGAUCUUCAAUUCUGUUGAAUUACCUAUCAUGAAGAUCAUUGAAGAGACCCAUGAUACAAAGAGGCUAAUUUUCCAAUUACCUGCGGAUUCUACUAAUAAUGGGUUAUCUCUUUCGUCUAUGAUUCUUGCAUCUGCUAAAGUUGAAGAUGGUUCUAAUGUUACUAGGCCAUAUACUCCCAUCAAUAAAGUUAAUUCCACGGGAAAUAUUGAAUUAUUAGUGAAACAUAUGCCUCAAGGUAAGAUGUCGGGACAUUUAUUUGGAUUGAAUGUUGGUGAUAAAGUUUCUUUCAGAGGAGCCGUUAAUACAUAUAAAUAUAUCCCAAACAAAUUUGAUGUUGUGACUUUAUUAGGUGCAGGUAGUGGUAUUACCCCAUUAUAUCAAUUAGCAAGCAAUGUAAUUGAAGAUCCAGAAAAUAAGACUAAAAUUAAACUAUUGUAUGGUAACAAGACUAUCAAUGAUAUUCCACUGAAAAGAGAAUUAGAUCAAUUGCAAUUCAAGUAUCCCGAAAAAUUUGAAGUUGUUUACUUUGUCAGUGAUUCGACCACUGAGGAUUUCAAAGGUGAAAUUGGUAAUAUUAACAAAGAUUACUUGAAGUCUAAUAUUGCUGGUCCGAAGGAGAACACACAGCUAUUUGUCUGUGGACCCACAGGGUUCAUGAAGGCAGUCUCGGGUGAAAAGAAAAACCUAAUCAUUCAAGGUUCGUUGUCUGGAUACCUUCAAGAACUUGGUUACUCAAAGUCACAAGUUCAUAAAUUCUAA